UUCCCUGCGAUAUCUACCCCUACCAAGCGUAUUGGCGUGACGGAUCUUGGGACCGGAAGUAAAGGCAGCACGGGGCGCCGGGUCUGACGGGAACCCGUUCGGAGGUCCUGGUGGCGUCCUGAACGGAGCCUCCUUCCCGGCCAUGGGGCUCCUGUCGGACCCGGUGCGCCGGCGCGCGCUCGCCCGCUUCGUCUUGCGCCUCAACACUCCGCUCUGCGUGCUGAGCUACGUGGCUGGCAUCACCUGGUUUUUGGCGCUGGCUUUCCCGCCCCUAACCCAGCGCACUUACAUGUCUGAGAACGCCAUGGGCUCCACCAUGGUGGAGGAGCAGUUUGUAGGUGGAGACCGCGCUCGAAGCUUUGCCCGGGACUUCGCUGCACACCGUAGGAAGUCGGGGGCUCUGCCAGUGGCCUGGCUGGAGCGGUCGAUGCGAUCCGUAGGGCUGGAGGUCUACACUCAGAGCUUCUCCCGCAAACUGCCCUUUCCGGAUGAGACCCACGAGCGCUAUAUGGUGUCAGGUACCAAUGUGUAUGGCAUCCUGCGGGCCCCACGUGCUGCCAGCACCGAGUCUCUGGUACUUACUGUACCCUGUGGUCCAGACUCUACAAAUAGCCAGGCUGUGGGGCUGCUGUUGGCACUUGCUGCCCAUUUCCGAGGGCAGAUUUACUGGGCCAAAGAUAUAAUCUUCCUGGUAACAGAGCAUGAUCUUGUGGGCACUGAGGCUUGGCUUGAAGCCUACCAUGACAUUAAUGUUACAGGCAUACAGUCAUCUCCCCUGCAGGGAAGGGCUGGAGCCAUUCAGGCAGCUGUGGCCCUGGAGCUGAGCAGUGAUGUGGUCACCAGUCUUGAUGUGACUGUAGAGGGACUCAAUGGUCAGCUGCCCAACCUUGAUCUGCUGAACCUCUUCCAGACAUUCUGCCAGAAAGGGGGGCUGUUAUGCACACUCCAGGGCAAGCUGCAGCCUCAGGACUGGACAUCACUCGAAGGACCAUUGCAGGGUCUGCAGACACUGCUACUGAUGGUUCUGAGGCAGGCCUCUGGCCAGCCCCAUGGCCCCCAUGGUCUUUUCUUGCGCUAUCGAGUGGAAGCCCUAACCCUGCGUGGCAUCAAUAGCUUCCGCCAGUACAAGUACGAUUUGGUGGCAGUGGGCAAGGCUCUGGAGGGCAUGUUCCGCAAGCUCAACCACCUCCUGGAGCGCCUACACCAGUCAUUCUUCUUCUACCUGCUGCCGGCCCUCUCCCGCUUUGUCUCCAUUGGGCUCUACAUGCCUGCCAUGGGCUUCUUGCUCCUGGUCCUUGGACUUAAGGCCCUGGAGCUGUGGAUGCAGUUACAUGAGGCUGGAGUGAGCCCUGAGGAGGCCGGGAAGGCUCCUGGCCCUGGGUCUCCACCCUUGGCAACACAGGGCGUGGGCCUGGCCUCACUUAUGGCACCCCUACUGAUCUCUCAGGCCAUGGGUUUGGCCCUCUACGUCUUGCCCGUGCUGGGCCAACAUGUAGCUGCUCAGCAUUUUCCAGUGGGUGAAGCUGAGGCUGUCGUGUUGACACUGCUAGCUAUUUAUGUGGCUGGCCUAGCCCUUCCACACAACACCCACCGAGUGGUCGGCUCACAGGUCCCAGACAGAGGCUGGAUGGCGUUGAAGCUGGUGGCCCUGAUCUACCUAGCUCUGCAGCUGGGUUGCAUUGCUCUCACUAACUUCUCCCUGGGCUUCCUGCUGGCUGCUACCAUGGUACCUGCUGCUGCACUCACCAAGCCCCAUGGACCCCGGCCACUCUAUGCUGUCCUGUUGAUGAUGACAAGCCCAGCAGUCACACUCCUUGGUAGCCUGUUCCUGUGGCGGGAGCUGCAGGAAGUACCACUAUCUCUGGCGGAGGGCUGGCAGCUCUUCCUGACAGCACUGGCCCAGGGCGUGCUGGAACACCACACCUAUGGUGCCCUCCUCUUCCCAAUACUGGCCUUGGGUCUAUAUCCCUGCUGGCUGCUUUUCUGGAAUGUUCUUUUCUGGAAAUCUUGGCCCACUGUCUACUAGAAGUCCCUAGCAAUUGGCUAGGCAUUCCUACUCACCUCUCUGGUGGAGCCACCCUGGUGACUGAAGUGGGAGCCUGAUCCCAUCAACAUAAGGGGCAAGUGCAAAGCCACUCUCAACUGCACAUACAGUCCUGUAGGGUGGGUAGCCAGGCCCAGGCAUUUCCAUGCAGUACGCUUCAGUGCUGUGCCAGAAACAAUUCUGGGGCAUGAGAUAAUUUGCAACCAGGGUUUGAGAGCCUGACAGGAGCUGAGGUACCCAGAGACCAUACAACACCAUCUUUAGUCUGAGCUGAGAGGUCAAAGAAGCUGGAGUCUUAGGAGGCUCAGGGUUUAGUCAGUGUUUCUAGCCAAGGCUAGAAUUUUAGUGUGGACUGUAUAUCUCUGUGGACUGUAUAUACAGAAGGAACACCACUUAGUUAUAAUAGCACAAGCCAAUGUGAGAUGCCCACUAGAGGCAGAAGAGGUGGUACUCAGCCAGGCAUUGGGGGCGCAUGCCUUUAAUCCCAGCACUAGGGAGGCCGAGGCAAGCAGAUUGAUAUGAGUUUGAGACCAGCCUGGUCUUCAAGAGGUAGUUUCAGGACAGCCUCCAAAGCCACAAAGAAACCCUGUCUUGGGCUGGAGAGAUGGCUAGUUUAGUUUCCAGCAACCACAUGGUGGUUCACAACCAUCUGUAAUGGAAUCUAGUCUUCUCUUAUGGCCUUCAGGGAUACAUGCAGACACAACACUGUAUAUAUAACAAAUAAAUCUUUUUUAAAAAAAAAAAA